AUGAUUACCUAUCAACGUGAUAGAGAUAUCUCGUCGUCAUCAAAUUCGUCAUCGUCCAUCUUAUCUAUUCGUCCAUCAUUUAGUGAUUACACAUUUUGUGGUGUUAAUGAAGCAAACUAUUAUCCAUCGUUUUAUCCAUUCGUUGGACAAACAUGGACGCCUACAAAUUUUAAUCUGACAUCGACUAUUGCUCAACCAUGUGAAUAUGACAAUAUGUUAUCAGCAGGCAAACAAACAAAAGCAAAACGACGUCGUGUUGCAUCAGUGGCUCAGCGCCGAGCAGCUAACGUUCGUGAACGUAAACGGAUGUAUAAUUUAAACGAAGCAUUUGAUCAACUAAGAGAAAUUGUGCCUAUAUUUGCUUAUGAAAAAAAAUUAUCGCGAAUUGAAACACUUCGUUUGGCUAUUAUGUAUAUUGCAUUUAUGACACAAAUUAUUAAUGGGAAAACGGUCGAUACAGCAUCAUUGAGCGCAAAGAAAGCUUUGGAAGAAUGGCUCAAUGAUCCACAAAAUUCACUAGCAGUAGAUCAACGGUUAUUUAUGGAAACAUCAUAUUCCCUUGACACAGAUUCAAGUUGUAGUUUGUGA